AGUCCCUUCGUUGCCAAGACCCAGACCAGUCUCGUCUCUGAGAAGGAGAGAGAAAAAAAAGUUUGAAACUUUGAGAAGGAGAGAGAAUGGGAGCGUCGGGAGAAUGGCUGGAGAAGGCGUUGGUGGAUCUAUACCAGAAGAUGGAAACGGGUCUGGGUCUGGAUAAGGAUAUGAUAUCGGGUUUAGUCUCCUACUGUGAGCUCGCUGAUCCUCAAGACGCCAAGGAAUACCUUGACAACAUAAUUGGGCAAGAGGUGGGUAAGUCUGUGAUUGAGGAAUAUUUACAGAAAAGAGGUCGCGCAGAUCUUUGCAGCACCCCAGCUUUCCCAACCUCAAAUUUACAUGCCUAUGUUAAACCACCCUCAAAUGAAGGUUCUGCAAGUGGAACCAAGAAACCAUUGAAAACUCCAAAAGUGGCUAGAGGCGCCAGUGAUCAGGCAGCUUCCAGCAAUCAGGUCAAGCAGGAUUCAACUAAGACCAGCGAGUCAAGAACCACAAGUAAUGCAAACCAAGGUAAUUCUAAGAAGAAGAAAGCUGGGAAAGUUGUUUCACUUGCAGAGGCUGCCAAAGGAUCCAUUGUAUUCAACCAGGGGAAGCCAUGCUCAUGCCAAGCCCGUCGCCACAGACUGGUGAGCAAUUGUUUAUCUUGUGGGAAGAUAGUCUGUGAACAAGAGGGGGAGGGGCCUUGCAAUUUUUGUGGAGCUCUUGUGCUGAAGGAAGGCAGCACGUAUGCUGGUCUGGAGGAAAGUUUCGCUCCCACAUCAGAUGCUGAAGCUGCAGCUGAGGCUUAUGCAAAGAGACUCGUUGAGUAUGAUCGAGACUCUGCAGCACGUACAACAGUUAUUGAUGACCAAAGUGACUACUAUGAAAUUGAAGGGAACAGCUGGUUGUCAAAGGAGGAAAAGGAACUUCUGAUAAAGAAGCAGGAGGAGAUUGAAGAAGCUGAGCGGGCGAAACGAAGUAAAGUAGUUGUGAGUUUUGACUUGGUUGGCCGCAAGGUCCUUGUAAAUGAAGAUGAAACUUCUGAAUUAGAAUUAGAAGGCAGAAUUUUGAGACCACGAGAUGAAAGGGAAGUGAACCGGAUUAAACCAAAUCCUACUCUUAAAGUACAACCACUCUUUGUGGAUCCAGGCCGUAGUAAGAAGUCUAUUCAAGGUAGACAGGCAAACAAGGGCCCCACCAACGGCCUGUGCUUGGAGAUAACCGGGAGGGUGCAGCAUGUCAACAAUGAAUUAAAACAAUUUAUGAUGGAUGAUCAAUUGGAAACAGCCUCAAAUGGGAAGUUUUCGGAAGGAACAACUGUAAGUGGGGGUAUGCUUGAUGAUCGUGGAGAAUGUUUUCUAGAUUACCAUUGAGGGAGAUAUUGGGUUUCAUUUUAAACUUUGCCCCAACUUCUGGUGCUCUGAGGGAGAUUCAGAAUGCCAUAUAGCAAUUCACCUUUUCAUUGCUUGUAAUUUAGGAACAUACCUUAGAACAGAAACAAACAAGAUUCCAUUGCACCAUUUUCCAAAAUUUGAUGGUAUAAAGAAAGGUUGCAAUGCUGCAUA